CUCUCUCUCUCUCUGUCUCUCUCUCUCUCUCUCUCUCUCUCUCUCUCUCCUCUCUCUCAUUUAGGAUCAGCUGUUUGAGACCCUGCGCACGCAUCACGCAUCUCCAGGACUGAUUUCCAGUAACAUUCCUUCUUCUCCAAGAUGACGGGUCGGUCUGUUCUGUCUCUGUCCCGGGUGCUGCAGCCAUGGCUGCAGACCAGCACACACAAGGCUCACGUGUUGAGUGCAGCCUUGUGCGGACGGAGGCAGAUGUCUCGCUACACCAUCAUACCCCCUCCAGCACGGUACGGAGGUCGUCACAUGGUGACUCUCAUCCCAGGAGACGGUAUCGGACCUGAGCUACUCAGCCAUGUUAGAGAACUGUUCAGGUUCUGCUGUGUACCGGUGGAUUUUGAGGUGGUGAAUGUGGAUUCUACUAUGACAUCAGAGGAUGACAUCAACGACGCCAUUACAGCCAUCAGACGCAACGGAGUGGCCCUCAAAGGCAACAUUGAGACCAACCACAACCUGCCUCCCUCCUUUAUAUCCAGAAAUAACCUGCUACGUACCAGUCUGGACCUGUAUGCCAACGUGAUGCACUGCCAGUCUCUGCCAGGCGUUCGGACUCGUCACAGGAACAUCGACAUCAUCAUCAUCAGAGAAAACACUGAGGGAGAAUACAGCAGUCUGGAGCACGAGAGUGUGUCUGGGGUGGUGGAGUGUCUGAAGAUCAUUACAAGGACCAACUCUCUGAGGAUUGCUGACUAUGCUUUCAGACUGGCCAGGGAGAGAGGUCGUCGUAGGGUCACCGCCGUCCACAAGGCCAACAUCAUGAAGCUAGGUGAUGGUCUGUUCCUACAGUGUUGUAAGGAGGUUGCCGCGGGUUACCAAGACAUUGCCUUCGACGCCAUGAUCGUGGACAACACCACCAUGCAGCUGGUGUCUAAGCCGCAGCAGUUUGACGUGAUGGUGAUGCCUAAUCUCUAUGGUAACGUGGUGAGCAACGUGUGUGCUGGUCUGGUGGGAGGGCCGGGACUCGUUCCAGGAGCCAACUACGGGACAGACUACGCUGUGUUCGAGUGUGGCACCAGGAACACAGGGAAGAGCAUAGCAGAUGGUAACAUAGCCAACCCUACAGCCAUGUUACUAGCUUCCUGUCUGCUUCUGGACCAUCUGAGGCUACAUGCAUACGCCACCAUGAUACGGCGGGCUGUCAUCGCUACGGUUACUGAGACACGGCUCCAUACAGCUGACCUGGGAGGUCAGGGGUCAACAUCUGAUGUGGUCCAUUCCAUCAUGAAGGAGAUCCAGAGCACUGGACCCCUAACGCAGAACAUCUAACACACACACACACAACAUCUAACACACACACACACACACACACACAACAUCUAAUACACACACACAACA